AAUUCAAAAUAUGGUGCCGCAAUGUUUCCGGAAUUGAACUUGAUAACCGGUGGUAGAUUAUUUUUAGGGCAGGCGUUUUAAAAAGCAUGUAUCUAAUGGUGAGAAGUAUGUAUUUAUCUAACAUAAAAACUUUUUAUCAGUCAUAACAGACAUAAAUUUCUUUUUUUUUGCGUUUUGACAGUUAGCGUGCUGCUUACGCGUCUUAAAUUGUACAGUCUUCUGUGGUCCUGUUUCUAGCAAUAAUGAUUAUCAGUUUUGCCUUGGAGAAAACUUUAAUCUUACUGAGAACGCCGAUCGUUUGUGACAGUGUGUCGGAUUAUGUCAACAUUAAUUUUUUAUGUCUUGUAUAGCGUUGUUUGCAAAGGUUAGUCUUGCGUUCCACAUUACUAAUCGUCUGUGGAAAGCUUCAUCACGAUAUGUCGAUAUAUGUGACGGUAACUGUACAGCAUUUUAGGAGAAUUAUCUACCUCAAUCUAUAAAAGGAUUUGGAGUUACAAUGGCCAAGCAUUUAGUGGAGUUUGAGACUGAGAUGUUUCUCGGUCUUUUCGAGACGGAUGGAUUGCUUGUAACAGCAGAGGGAAUGGGCAUUGACCGUAUACUUCUGCAGUUUUUGCGGGUAUACUCAGAGGAGGGGAGCCUUGUGCUUUUGUUAAAUACUACUACUCCUGAACAGGAGUACUGCUCCGAGCGGUUGCGAGCAGAGGGGCUCAGCCACCUUCCGCGCACCGUGACCAGCGACGUGCAGAGCAGCGAGCGAUACGACGUGUACACGCAAGGGGGCGUCCUCUUCGUCACUAGCCGCAUCUUGGUGGUGGACUUUCUGACAGAUCGCAUCCCAGCACACCUUAUCUCAGGGAUCUUGGUGUAUCGGGCCCAUAAAAUCAUCGAGUCCUGUCAGGAAGCCUUCAUCCUGAGGCUUUUCCGGCAGAAGAACAAGACCGGGUUCAUCAAGGCUUUUACAGACAAGGCGACUGCUUUCUCAUCUGGCUUCUGCCAGGUCGAGCGGGUCAUGAGGAACCUUUUUGUCAAGAAGCUGUUUCUCUGGCCCAGGUUCCACGCCGCAGUCAAUUCAGUGCUGGAUAGACACAAGCCGGAUGUGGUGGAGCUGCACGUCUCCCUCACUCCGGCUAUGAGGGCCAUCCAGAGCUCUGUGCUGGAUGUUAUGAACGCCUGCCUUAAGGAACUCAAGCGGUACAACCCCACGCUGGAGGCGGAGGACCUGUCCCUGGAGAACUCGCUGGGCGGCGCCUUCGAGAAAACGAUCCGCCAUUACCUGGACCCACUCUGGCACCAGCUGGGGGCCAAGACCAAGGCCCUGGUUCACGAUCUGAAGGUUCUGCGCACGCUGCUAUUCUACCUGACGCAGUACGACUGUGUCACGUUUCUGAACCUCCUGGAGUCCCUGCGCUCCAGUCAGAAAGCCUUCGGAAGCAACUCGGGCUGGUUGUUCUUGGAUUCCAGUACGUCCAUGUUUGUCAACGCCCGCGCUCGUGUUUACCGCGUGCUGGAGGCGCACAAGAAGCUGAAGGGAGGGAGCGACACUCAGAAGAAGCAGGACGGCACAGCCUCAGCUGAGGUGAGGAGGGAGCUCGUCCUGGAAAAGAGCCCUAAGUGGGAUGCCCUGACUCAGGUGAUGGAGGAGAUCGAGAGAGAGAACAGCAGCUGCCAGGAAGACCCAGGCCGGGUGCUGAUAUGCGCCAGCGAUGACCGAACCUGCGCCCAGCUGCGCGAGUACAUUAGCCGAGGUGGCGACCGCCUACUCAGCCGACUCUACGCUCGCACCCUGGGCAGGAGCGAGGCUCCCCGCGAGCCGUCCUUCGAGCGGAGGGGCGGAGCUCGGGAUGGGAAGCAACCUGAGAAGGACGGGAGAGGCAGGAAAUCCAAAGGCAAGCUGAAGAGGGACAAGAAGAGCCAGAACAAGGAACGUCUCACACUCACGCAGAUGGUGAGGGAGGGCGUGCUGGAGGUUCAGAAGAUGGGCAGCAGCGAGGAUGAGGAGGAGGAAGAGGAGCUUCUCCUAGACCUACCCGGAGAUGCCUACUAUGGCAUCCUGAAGGAGCCGCUGACUGUGAUCCACCCGCUGAAGGGCUGCAGCGACCCCUACAGCCUGACACGGGUGCUGCACGAGGUGGAGCCUAAAUACGUGGUGCUGUAUGAUGCGGAGCUGCCCUUUGUGCGGCAGCUGGAGAUCUAUAAAGCCAGCCGGCCAGGCAGAGCCAUGAGGGUCUAUUUCCUCAUAUACGGUGGCUCCACAGAGGAGCAGCGGUACCUGACUGCCCUGCGCAAAGAGAAGGAGGCCUUUGAACAUCUCAUCAGGGAGAAGGCAAGCAUGGUGGUUCCUGAGGAGAGAGAAGGACGGGGAGACACCAACCUCGACCUGCUCCGCAGCCAGGAGGGAGCCGACAGCAGCUCCAGCACUCGCAAAGCAGGAGGUCAGGACCCAGCGACGCCCCCCUCCCGUGUCAUUGUGGACAUGCGUGAGUUCCGCAGCGAGCUGCCAUCCCUGCUGCACCGCCGGGGCCUGGACAUCGAGCCUGUCACCCUGGAAGUAGGUGACUACAUCCUCACAGCGGACAUCUGCAUAGAGCGCAAGAGCGUGAGCGACCUGAUCGGCUCACUGCAGAGCGGCCGGCUCUACACACAGUGCCUCUCCAUGACCCGCUUCUACCGGAGGCCAGUCCUCCUCAUCGAGUUCGACCCGGCUAAGCCCUUCUCCCUGGUAGCCCGCUCCGACCUGCGGCAGGAGAUCUCAGCCAGUGACGUCACCUCCAAGCUCACCCUGCUCACCUUACACUUCCCGCGGCUGCGCCUGCUCUGGUGUCCCUCCCCCCACGUCACGGCCGAGCUCUUCCAGGACCUGAAGCGCGGCCGGGCCGAGCCGGAUGCCUCCGCCGCACAGGCCGUCACCGCUGAAUCCGACACGGUGGCGGAGUCCGCUGACCUCUACAACCCCGGCCCCUACGACUUCCUGCUGCGUCUGCCCGGUGUCAAUGCCAACAACUUCCGUGCCCUCAUUAACAACGCCGGCAGCCUGGCGGACGUAGCCGCCCUCAGCCAGGACAGGCUGGUGGAAAUCCUGGGCAGCACCAUCAACGCCCGACUCCUGCACCAGUUCCUCCACGGCUCCAUGCACGAUCAGCAGGCUACAAGGGAGGCAGAGUCUCGGGACAGGAGGUGACCAGCAUUUGUCUCUUCUAAAGCAGAUGAGACCAAGAACUCCUACUCCUGCUGAUCAAGAUUCACACCCAGCUGAUGUGUUAAGAACUGCACCCGACCAUAAAAUUUUGGAGCAUCUGGCUCACAACUAUUUAUUUUUAUACAUUUUUAAUGUAUACAUGUGGAUGCUGUUUGCCAUAGCAUUUUAAAAUAUUUCAGUACAAAAUCUCAUAAAGCACAGUUUUCACUGCC